AUGUCAGGCACAUCUCAGCCGUCGAACCCAUAUGGGCAGCUGCCGUUUGAUAACACAGACCCUCCCACAAAGCCUGCUCCGACCACCCUGACCAGCUCCAUGCUUGGCAAGGAUUCAAUUAAUGGAUGGGAUGUGCUGGUUUCGUAUGACGAAGUGACGCUCAACACACUCCUAAGCAACCAAGCCCAGGCUCUCAAUAUCAGUGCUCCUUUGACCUGGUCGGAGCCAUACACGAAUGACUUUACCGGAGCUAUAUCGACGCUCUACUAUACGGACUCGAACACGUCUUCCACCGUCACCCUGCCGAGCGGUCUGACCUGCGUCGUCGCCACCAAUCUCAUCAACGUCUCCGGAACAUGGGACGCGACCGGCUGGAAUACUGAUGCUUCGGACUCACAGGACUCCAAUAGCGGCAACACCGUCGUCCUUUUGGAGCCCCACACCAGUGCCACCUCUGGUGUCUGUAUCGACUUCCGCCAACCCCAGGCAACCCUCAAUCUGGCGCCAGGAACCUCUAUCGUCAGCGAUCCAUCGUCGCUGCUAGACCCCACCGUCGUGACGGCGUUCCUGCAGGACCAGAUCAAGGCGCACUUUUCCAGCUGUGGCCUCAACGUCUGUCUCGCGGCCAUCACUAACAACUCUGCCGUUGACAACAGCACCGAAGAUGUUUUGCAGCCCGCCGAGUUCUGCUUCACCGUUGCCAAGGGAGCCUUGAUGAUGUGGAUCGGCCUCCAGGGCGGGCCCAACACGGGCACUCGUCCGUCAGGCCAGAUGGCUCAGCCGCUGGUCUUCAGUCCAAGUGGCCCCGGGUCCGAGAUUCCGUCCAUUCCCCUGGGACGCCAUGCCAGCGUCAUCUUCAGUCACGAUACCAUGGCCAACUUGUUCCUUGUUCCUGCUCUGACGGCAAACGUCAUGGCCCCUGCCAAGCCCGGCGGCUCACCCACCCCAGUGUUCAAGACGGUAACGUGCACCUCAACAGCCGGAACCCCUGGGAUGAAUUUCUCCCUGGAUUUCAACUCUAGCCCGACCACGGUUGCUGAAGACUCAGACGAUGAGGUGUUUUCCAACUCCUGUUACGAUGGCUGCACCGUCGACCUGGACGAGAACGCCGCCACUCUGACCAUUGACGGCAACCAACGCCCGGUGGUCGGUAAGAGUCCUGCGUUCGCCUUUACUUGGGAAAGCGACACCAAGCACGUGACCUGGGGGUCCAGCGCGAUGUUCGGCGGUAGCGAAGGAGGGGACUGCUACCUCACAUUCCACUGGAGCGGAACAGGUCAGUGGCAAGGAGCCAUUGAUGCGACACGUCUUGACCAACUCGCCGUCAUCUUGGACUUAGACCCGACGUUUAGCACGGCUGAAACAGGCACAACAUCCAUCAACGGGCUUUUUCCCUCGAGUGGUGUCCCCUCGGAAUACCAGGGUCUCGCGCCCGACGCUCCCUCGCUGAAUAUCACACUGGAGCCGCUCAACUACUUGCUCACCACCAGCCUGCUCCUACCGGGGCAGUACGAGUUCCUCGCUGACUACCCAGUUGCGGCCUCGACCUCGGUCCAAGCAGGAAUUGCCACGCCUCGGGACACCAUCUUGACUGGCAACAUCGCGCCGAAAGGCACACCGCUGCCUACAGCACCUGGACCUCAAUUUCUCGGUCCGUACCUCAUCAACUUUGAGUCUCUGACAUCUUCACCUGCCGCCGUUCCCGGCGCUCUGGACUCGAUCCCAACGUCAACCCCGGUAUCGGCGGCAGUGGCAGCACAAGCCUCAACCUCAGGAUCGGGAACCGAUCCAACGCCCCCGACCCUGGACGACUUCAAGAAUGCUCUCCUCUCCUUCCCUCGGUGCAACAUGCUUGGCGACCUUCUGACUUCGACGCUGGUAGAACCGCCAACGCUGUCGGCGACCGAUCUCCUCACCAAGUACGGUUUCGAAAAUCUUGUUGGUACCGACUUGCUCUCUCUUUGGGACACGAGCCUGGAUCAACUUCUCAGUGAGCCGGCCUCCGCACCUCCGUCCCCGACAACAUCGACCCCGACGCCGGCGCCGGCGCUGGUGCCGAGCCCCCAAUCUGUAGAUCUCCGUCUAUAUGCCGGCUACUAUGUCGUCUCCUCGCCUCCUAGCGCCGCUGGGGAGCAGUUUGUCGUUGACCCCGUCACCGGCCACAUCAAAAUGGGAGCCGAAACCGCCGUCCCACGACAGACAUUCGACACGUCGACCAACCAAGUCAUGGUCACCUGGCAGUUCCAGGGAACGACCUUCUCGGCAGCCUUCAGCGUGGUCAUCACCCCUGAUAAGUUGCAAGUGGGGACAUGCUGCAUCGGCGCCACCACAGCGGCCUCUCAGUCUGUCGCCACGACAUCGCCGACGACAUCACUCGCAGUAUCGCUGGCGGCCGGGGCGACUCUGGAAGCUAGUCAAGCGCAAACCCCCGUGCCUACACCCACGCCCACGCCUAUGCCUACGCCUACGCCCUUUGCGGCCUACCUCAAGGGCUUUCCCGUACCCGGCCCCCCACAACCCAUGAUCCUCAUGAUGUCCAACAACGGCACCAACACAACCGACCCGUCCUCGUCCUCGACCUCCUCUUCCGCCCUUGAUCAAGCCAACGCAUGGGCACCCCUAACCGCAUAUAUCAGCGUUGUUCUCGUGGCGCUCACUCUGUACCAGACGUGGAAGCAAACCCAAAUCCAAACCAAAGUCGCCACCAGCGAGGAAGUCAAAAAGCGAGAUGCCGAAAUCGCGCUACUGAAUGCGAACAACAAAGCCUUGCAGGCGGCAAAGGACAAAGUCGACAAUUGGGUGGAAGAGCAGCUCACUCAGGAGACAAAGAAGUUCUACCAGGGCUCUGCGCGUGCUGUAGAGCGGGAGACAGCCAUGAGUCAACUCGUCACGAAGAUUACGGCGGCGGCGACCCAGAGAUUGGAUGCCUUCCUGGUCACGAAUGAUCCAAACAAGACGGGGAAGUGGUUGACUGAUCCCGCCGUUGUGGCGGAUGCGAAGAUGAAGAUUAUCGCUGCAACAAAGGAGGCGCUCCCGGCCAGUGCAACCGAGGCUCUAGGGCCGUUGACGGAGGUUGUCAUCCAAGAUGCAUUGGACAAUUCGCCCUUGAAGGGGCUGUUGGGUGCCGUUGAUGUGACGAGGAUUCAGGCAGCGGUCAAGGGUAAGGAGAUUGAUCGGGUGGUGGGCAAUCUGCAGGACCACGGGGGUCCAAACAGCGCACCGUUUAGCGAGUUGGUCGGGUUGAAGGUCUUGAGCCAGAAGAUAUCGGUGUUAGGGGCCACUUCAUUGACGGCAUUGCAGGGCGAGCUGACGACCUUGCAGACUGGAUUUGCCACGGCGGGGGAGCAGGUAUCCGUGCAAGAGACCGUGGUGAAGCAGGCGGAGGUCGCCGCGGAACAAGCGAAGGGUCAACAGGGGGAAGAAGCGGCGCAGAAAGCAUAUACUGCCGCUAACGAAAAGCUGGGCCAAUUGCAGAAGGACGUCGAGGCUACACAGAAAGCGUUGAGUGACAACCAGCAGCAGACAGCGGAUACCACGAAGGCGAUGAAAGACAGUGAAGGCGAAGAAUCGCGGCUGGGUGGGGAGGUAGACAAGAAGACAGUCGAGGCGUUGAAGUAG